ACCUUCCUCAAGUGUUCUUCCCCACUCCCUAUAGUAUCCUCACUUUGGUUCUCUAAUAUUUGAUAUCCACCCCUUUUUCUCAACACAACAUCUCCUAAUUCUCCAACGCAUAAUAACAAAAAUGGCCACGGAAAAACUUAGAUGUGUAGCAAACUUCCUUGAGAACUCUAAACACCACUUUGCCAUGAUCGCUUUACAAUUUGGCUAUGCUGGCAUGAACAUUAUCACUAAGGUUUCCCUCAACCGAGGCAUGAGCCACUAUGUCCUUGUUGUUUACCGUCACGCUUUUGCAACUGCUGUCAUAGUUCCAUUCGCUUUCAUCUUUGAAAGGAAAGGUCAACCAAAGAUAACAUUCCCAAUUUUCAUGCAAAUUUUCAUCCUAGCUCUGCUUGGGCCUGUGAUUGAUCAAAACUUCUACUAUGCUGGGUUGAAAUUGACAUCACCAACCUUCUCAUGUGCAAUGAGCAACAUGCUUCCUGCCAUGACUUUUGUGAUGGCCGCUUUAUGCCGGAUGGAGAAGAUCAACAUGAAGAAGGUGAGGUGCCAAGCAAAGGUGAUAGGAACCAUGGUGACGGUGGCUGGGGCCAUGUUGAUGACCUUGUACAAAGGCCCUAUUGUGGAGAUGAUGUGGAACAAACAUGCACCUCAUAGUGAAACCAAUGCAACAAACACCACACGAUCCUCAGACAAGGAUUGGUUCAUAGGCUCAGUCUUCCUAUUCAUUGCAACGCUUGCUUGGGCAUCCCUCUUUGUUUUACAAGCCAAAGCAAUAGAUACGUACAAAAAUCAUCAUCUAAGCCUCACAUCACUUAUCUGCUUUAUUGGGACACUUCAAGCUACUGCUGUUACUUUUGUUAUGGAACACAAGGCUUCUGUGUGGACAAUUGGCUGGGAUAUGAACUUACUUGCCGCUGCCUAUGCGGGGAUUGUUACAUCAAGCAUAUCAUACUACGUACAAGGGUUGGUAAUUAAGAAGAAAGGGCCUGUUUUCGCAACUGCAUUUAGCCCUCUAAUGAUGAUCGUUGUAGCCAUCAUGGGCACUUUUAUCCUUACAGAGCAGAUUUAUCUUGGAGGUGUUAUUGGUGCCAUCUUGAUUGUCAUAGGUUUAUACUCUGUUUUGUGGGGAAAGCACAAAGAACAAGUGGAGAACAAAGUGGCAGAGGAUAUACCCUUGCCUGUAAAGGGUGUUCAAGUUGAUGGAAAUCCAGAAGCACUCAUUGAUUCCACUGAUCAAUUUGCUGAAACACAAUCAAAUCCAAAAGCAGAAGCCAACAAGCUCUCUUCAAUUGUUAUUAGCAUCCCUAAGCCUCCUACAAAAGCUAACCAAGAAGCAAAGGCAUAAGCACACUAAAAUGUGAAUAAGGAUGGCCUUUUAAUCAUCGUUUCACCCACCAUUUUGUCCCUUGUUAGCAAAUUUUCCUUGCCCUUUAAUCAACUUUGUUGUAAAAGGAGUCUCGUUUGCAUCUAAGUUAUAUAUAAUUUGUAAGAACUUCAAACUAAUCAAAUUAGAGAAGAGAAUCACGAAGUUUAUCUCUCUUUUGAUAUACUUGUCCCUGCAG